GCAGGCGCGGCGGCAGGCGGGCCGGUUGGGCGGGCUGCGUGACGCAGUUCCUUCCGGCUGCUCUUUGGCGGGUCCCCGGAUGUGGAAUGGGUAAAUACGGUCGGUUAACCCGUGAGGUGCCGGCGAGGCGGGGCAGGCAGCGGCUGCGGGCAAGUCGGGCGGCGGUCUAAUGGCAAUAAAGUGAUCAAUCAUGGCUCUAAUGAUCCCAACAGUCAAGCUAAAAUGGCUGGAGCAUCUCAACAGUUCCUGGAUCACAGAAGACAGCGAGUCUAUUGCCACAAGAGAAGGUGUUUCUAUUUUGUAUGAUAAGCUAAUUAGCAGUAAGGAAGUGGUACCAUUACCACAGCAAGUGCUCUGCCUUAAGGGACCCCAGUUACCAGAUUUUGAACGCGAGUCCCUCUCUAGUGAUGAACAAGAACAUUAUCUGGAUGCUCUCCUUAGUAGCCAGCUGGCUCUGGCAAAGAUGGUUUGCUCAGAUUCUCCAUUUGCAGCAGCCCUUCGGAAACGAUUACUGGUGUUGCAGCGUGUUUUUUAUGCUCUUUCCAACAAAUACCAUGACAAAGGUAAAGUCAAACAGCAGCAACAUUCACCUGAAAGCAGUUCUGGAUCAAUAGAUAUCCAUUCUGUCAGUGAACGUCCAAGAUCCAGUACAGAUGCUCUAAUUGAGAUGGGGGUUCGGACUGGAUUGAGUUUAUUGUUUGCACUAUUACGACAGAGCUGGAUGGUGCCUUCUACAGUGCCAGGACUGAACCUCUGCAAUGAUGUUAUCCAUACAGCAAUAGAUGUGAUUAGCUCAUUACCACCAUUAUCUUUAGCAAAUGAAAGCAAAAUUCCUGCUAUGGGACUGGACUGCUUAUCUCAAGUAACAACAUUCCUAAAGGGAGUCACGAUGCCGAACUCAGGAGCUGAUAUUUUGGGGCGAAGACUAGCAUCAGAACUGCUGCUUGGACUUGCAGCCCAGCGGGGUUCUCUGCGAUACUUCUUAGAGUGGAUAGAAAUGGCUUUGGCUGCAUCUGCUGUAGUUAGCACCAUGGAAAAAACAAAACUGUCUGUGACUCGGGAAGGAAUGAUCAGCUAUGAUUGUUUCAUGAAUAUUCUCAUGCAGAUGAGGCGUUCUUUGGGUUCAGCAGCUGAUAGGAGUCAGUGGCGAGAACCUACUAGGACUCCUGAUGGUUUGUGCUCAUUAUAUGAAGCAGCUUUGUGCCUCUUUGAAGAGGUUUGUCGAAUGGCUUCAGACUACUCCAGGACAUGUGCAAGCCCUGAUAGCUUGCAGAGUGGCGAUACUCCAAUGGUGUCUGAAACAUGUGAAGUAUAUGUCUGGGGUAGCAACAGCAGUCAUCAGCUUGUUGAAGGAACACAGGAAAAAAUUCUGCAGCCAAAACUAGCUUUAAGUUUUGCUGAUGCACAAACUAUUGAAGCUGGACAGUAUUGCACAUUUGUCAUUGCGUCUGAUGGAUCAGUAAGGGCAUGUGGCAAAGGCAGUUAUGGAAGGCUUGGUCUUGGUGAUUCAAAUAAUCAAUCAACCCUGAAAAAAUUAACUUUUGAACCACAUCGAGCUAUCAAAAAAAUCUCCUCAUCAAAAGGUUCUGAUGGUCAUACUCUGGCAUUUACCACAGAGGGAGAAGUCUUCAGCUGGGGUGACGGUGACUAUGGAAAACUUGGGCAUGGUAACAGUUCAACACAGAAAUACCCCAAACUAAUUCAAGGACCUCUGCAAGGGAAGGCCGUUGUAUGUGUCUCUGCUGGCUAUAGACACAGUGCAGCUGUUACAGAAGAUGGCGAAUUGUAUACUUGGGGUGAAGGGGACUUUGGACGAUUAGGCCACGGUGAUAGCAAUAGUCGUAACAUCCCCACUUUGGUGAAGGAUAUCAGCAAUGUAGGUGAAGUAUCUUGUGGAAGCUCGCAUACCAUUGCAUUAUCUAAAGAUGGAAGAACAGCAUGGUCUUUUGGGGGAGGUGACAAUGGCAAACUGGGUCAUGGUGAUACUAACAGAGUUUAUAAACCCAAGGUUAUUGAAGCCUUGCAAGGAAUGUUUAUUCGUAAAGUGUGUGCUGGAAGCCAAUCUUCACUUGCUUUGACAUCAACAGGCCAGGUGUAUGCUUGGGGCUGUGGUGCUUGUCUUGGAUGUGGCUCUUCAGAAGCUACAGCUUUGAGACCCAAACUUAUUGAGGAACUAGCUACCACAAGAAUAGUUGACCUCUCAAUAGGCGACAGCCACUGUUUGGCUCUUUCACACGAUAACGAGGUUUAUGCUUGGGGAAAUAAUUCUAUGGGACAGUGUGGUCAGGGAAACUCUACUGGUCCAAUCACCAAACCCAAAAAAGUGAUUGCCUUGGAUGGCGUAGCAUGUCAGCAGAUCUCUGCUGGGACUUCUCAUAGCCUAGCUUGGACAGCAUUGCCCAGGGACAGGCAAGUGGUAGCAUGGCACAGACCUUACUGCGUAGAUUUAGAAGAAAGCACUUUCUCUCACUUACGAUCAUUUCUCGAAUGGUACUGUGAUGGCAUCAACAGUGAAGUUCCACCUCUUCCUUUCCCGUCAUCCAGGGAGCAUCAUAAUUUUCUUAAAUUAUGUCUCAAACUGCUGUCCAACCAUCUGGCACUGGCGCUAGCUGGUGGUGUAGCGACCAGUAUCCUUGGCAGUCAGGCCAGACCACUGCGUAACCUGUUAUUCAGACUAAUGGACUCCUCUGUGCCAGAUGAAAUUCAAGAGGCUGUGAUAGAGACGCUGUCUGUGGGUGCUACAAUGUUACUUCCACCACUGCGAGAAAGAAUGGAGCUGCUGCAUUCACUGCUUCCACAAGGUCCUGAUCGUUGGGAAAGCUUAACAAAGGGACAAAGGAUGCAGCUGGAUAUUAUUCUCACCAGCCUACAGGACCACACCCACGUGGCUUCUUUACUGGGUUACAGCUCUCCUCCUGAUGUUGAAGCCUCUACAGGACCAAAUUACAGCAGCUUCCCUGAUUCCUCAUUCAACUCCCAGGCUAGUCAUCCUGAUACUCAUCUGGCAGAAAUCUUGAUGAAAACGUUGCUAAGGAAUUUGGGAUUCUACACUGAUCAGGCUUUUGGAGAACUUGAAAAAAAUAGUGACAAGCAACUAUUGGGAACUUCAUCAGCUGAAAACAGCCAACCAGCUCACUUGCAUGAGCUGUUGUGCUCUUUGCAGAAGCAGCUUCUAGCAUAUUGCCACACAAACAGUGUCAAUGAGAGCUCCAGCAGUGUAGCAUUACUGCACAAACACCUUCAGCUCUUGCUGCCUCAUGCAACUGAAAUUUACUCCCGUUCUGCAACACUGCUGAAAGAAAGCUCCUGGAAUGGAAGUGUCAGGGACAAGCUUCAAGGAGUCCUGUAUGGAUCAGCAGCUGGGAGCAUGCUCUGUCAGAUCAUUAAUUCUCUCCUGUUACUGCCUGUCUCUGUGGCACGGCCUUUGUUAAGUCACCUACUGGAUUUACUGCCAUCUUUGGAUCGUUUAAACCGACUUUUACCAGCUGCAGCCUUUUUAGAAGAACAGGAGCUGCAAUGGCCACUGCAUGGUACUCCUGAAUGUGUUGACCCUGAGGAUUUGGCUAUUCCACACCCUGCCCAAUCUUGGGUCUGGCUUGUGGAUCUGGAGAGAACAGUUGCGCUACUUGUGGGCCGAUGUCUUGGUGGAAUGUUGCAGGGUCCCCCAACUUCGCCAGAGGAGCAAGACACAGCUCACUGGUUAAAAACACCUCUCUUCAGCAAUGGAUUGGAAAUGGAUCACUCCCAGCUAGAUAAAUGCAUGAGCUCUCUGCUGGAAGUUGCACUGUCUGGAAAUGAAGAACAGAAACCUUUUGAAUAUAGCCUUGGAGCAGAGAAUGUUAUGCUUGUUGACCUGGCUUUGGGCUCUACCAAAGAACCUGUCAACGCUCUGUGGCUCAAAAUGCAGGACUAUGCUGUUAGCAAAGAUUGGGAUAGUGCUGUUCUUGGCAAUGAGACCUUGUUGGAUACAGCUUCAAGAUUUGUUCUUGCAACUCUUUUAAAGCACACUGGUUUACUAAAUCAAGUGUGUGGGGAGAGCAGAUAUCAACCUAGUAAAGCACUUGCAGAAAUAUACCGUUGUGUUUACAAGGUCCGGAACCGAUUACUAGCAUGUAAGAACAUGGAACUUAUCCAGACACAGUCACCUUCCAAUGAAAGGAGGUUGUCAGAGAAUAAAGAGACAACAGAUACUGAUCUUCAAGAACACUCUUUCACUCGUACAAUUGAUGAAGAAGCUGAAAUGGAAGAACAAGCAGAUAGAGAUCGGGAAGAUGAGCAUCAGGGACAAGAGGAGGAAGAGGAAGAAAGGGAACAAGAGGUCAUGACUGCCGGAAAAAUCUUUCAAUGUUUCCUAUCAGCCCGUGAAGUUGCUCGUAGUCGUGACCGAGAGAGGAUGAGCAGCACACCUGGAAUUGGCAGUGGACCAGUUGUCCGGCUAGAUGAUCCACCGUCUCAGCUGAGAGAAGAGCGGCGAGUCAGCACUGGACUUGCAGAAGGGCAGGACCAUUACACAGCAGCAUGCAACUCUGUUAUUCAUCGCUGUGCACUGUUAAUUCUGGGAGUCACCCCAGCCAUACAAGAGUUGCACCAAAAGGACGAAGGGCUGAAAGGACAUUGUGUUUCUGGAGUUACUGAAGGACUUGGUUUUAUGACUAGGAGUGAAAGCUUGACAGCAGAAACCCAUUCCGUGCAGUCGAAUUCUACCUAUAAACUGACUAAAUCAAGAAGUGAAUCAGACUUGUCUCAGCCUGACUCGGAUGAGGAAGGAUGUGCUUUUAACUCCAGAAGAAAUGUGGAUAUGGAUUUAGCAUCAGUUCAGCGAAAACGUGUGUGUUUACUCCUUGUUGGCCAGUUGAGUCCCAGAAACAAGAGGAGCUGCAAGCAAGUAAAUGAUGGACCUCCUUAUAGUACCGAUUCCCUAAGAGCCUCUUGGACAUGGCUAAAAUACAGCAGAGAUUUAUCCUAUGAUACUUCGCACUUAUCUAAUACAUUGGAAUUUGAUCUGAAACAGUCAUUUGGAAUCCACACGUUUAUUGAUAAUGUUGUUAGUUUUGUGAGUGGAGGUGUGGGAACUUCCCCAGCUUUUAAAGAACCUGAAGAAAAUAUGUCCUCCAACCCUCAAGCCAUCAUCAUUGCAAUGGAACAGCAGCAGUUGAGGUCUGAGCUCCGACUGGCAGCACUUCAUCAAAUCCUCGUGUUGCUUUCUGGAAUGGAGGAAAAGGGCAGCCAGUUUGCAGGAAGCAGUUGCCUGGCAUCAUGGUUCCACUCUGCCUCUUUGCUCACUUCAGUCAGAUUACAGUUUCUAGCAGGAUGCUUCGGCCUGGGCACAGUAGGAAAUACAGAAAUCAAUGGUGAAAGUGUUCAACUGCAUCACUAUCAGGAUGGCAUCAGAGCUGCAAGGAGAACCAUUCAGACGGACAUCCAGGCUGCAGUUCACAAGAUCUACCAACAGCUAUCUGCCAUCCUUGAGCGGGCUUUGCAGGCAAACAAACAUCACAUUGGAGCACAGCAACGCCUUUUGCUCGUCACAGUAUUUGCACUUAGUGUGCGUUACCACCCUGUUGAUGUCUCCUUGGCAAUCUCUAGUGGCUUGUUGAAUGUCUUGUCCCAGUUGUGUGGUACUGACACUAUGCUCGGACAGCCACUGCAGUUGAUACAAAAGCCUGGUGUUUCACAGCUUAGCACAGCUUUGAAGGUCGCCAGCACUAGAUUACUACAGAUUCUAGCCAUUACCACAGGAACAUAUGCAGACAAGCUAAGCCCCAAGGUUGUUCAGUCUCUGUUAGACCUGUUAUGCAGUCAGCUGAAGAAUCUACUCUCUCAGGCCGGAGUGCAACUUGCACCCUUGCAUGGAAACAAAGACAACAAAUUAGAUGAGACUGGUGAGACCGAGGAUACCAAAGAUUUUAAAGCAAUUCUUCGAAAACAACAUACAGCAGAGCUGCAGCUGGGAGAUUUUCUUGUUUUCCUACGUAGAGUUGUUUCUUCAAAAGCUAUCCAAUCAAAAAUGGCCUCGCCUAAAUGGACUGAAGUGCUACUUAAUAUUGCUGCUCAGAAAUAUUUUUCAGGUGUCCCACUGGCUGGCAACCUAAGAACCAGACUACUGGCCCUUCAUGUUCUGGAAGCAGUGUUGCCUGCCUGUGAAUCAAGUGUAGAAGAUGAUCAGAUGAUACAGGUCGUGGAACACCUAUUCUUGCUCAUCUCCAAUUGCAUGUGGGAGGCCCCCAUUGCCCAGGCUAAACAUACAAUUCAAGUCAAGGAGAAGGAGCAGCAGGUGAAAUUACAGAAGCAGGGAGAAGUAGAAGAAGAAGAUGAAAAUCUUCCCAUCCAGGAGGUUUCCUUUGAUCCUGAGAAAACCCAGUGUUGUGUGGUAGAGAAUGGCCAAGUUCUGACCCAUGGGAGUGGUGGAAAGGGCUAUGGUCUAGCGUCAACUGGAAUUGCUUCUGGAUGCUAUCAGUGGAAGUUUUAUUUAGUGAAAGAAAAUAGAGGUAAUGAAGGCACAUGUGUUGGAGUAUCUCGCUGGCCUGUGCAUGAUUUCAACCAUAGGACUACCUCAGACAUGUGGCUCUACAGGGCUUACAGUGGUAACCUUUACCACAAUGGUGAACAGACACUGACUCUCUUCAGCUUUACUCAAGGAGACUACAUAACAUGUGUCCUAGACAUGGAGGCCAAAACAAUUUCAUUUGGGAAAAAUGGGGAGGAGCCUAAGCUAGCUUUUGAAGAUGUUGAUGCAGCAGAACUGUACCCUUGUGUCAUGUUCUAUAGCAGUAAUCCUGGUGAAAAGGUUAAAAUAUGUGAAAUGCAAAUGCGGGGUACGCCCAGGGAUCUGCUGCCCGGGGAUCCUAUCUGUAGUCCAGUGGCUACUGUGCUGGCGGAGGCCACCAUCCAACUCAUCCGUAUUUUGCAUCGUACAGAUAAGUGGACUCAUUGUAUAAAUAAAAAUAUGAUGGAUCGUUUACAGAAGGUCAAAUCAUGCAUUAAAGAAGUCAGCCAGAAACUGAAGAAGAGUCGCUCUGUGCAAAGCAGAGAGGAGCAUGAAAUGAAGGAAGAGAGUAAGGAGGAUGAAAAAGGCAAGCAUAACAAGCAUGGUUUGGCUGAGCUUACAGAAAUCCAGCUGAGGACUCUGUGCACUGAGGUAUGGCCAGUGCUGGCAGUAAUUGGUGGUGUGGAUACAGGUCUUCGAGUUGGAGGGAGAUGCAUUCACAAGCAAACAGGAAGACAUGCUACUCUUUUAGGUGUAGUCAAGGAAGGGAGCACUUCAGCCAAGGUGCAGUGGGAUGAUGCUGAAAUAACAAUCAGCUUCCCAACUUCUUGGUCACCCAGUGACACACCACUGUACAACUUGGAACCAUGUGAUCCACUGCCUUUUGAUGUGUCGCGAUUCCGUGGGUUGACAGCUUCUCUGCUGCUGGAUCUCAUGUAUCUAACCGGCAUCCAUGAAGAUGGAGCCAAACAGAGUGCUAGAAGACAUGAGAAAAAGCACAGGCAUGAAUCUGAAGACAAAACAGAAAUGGAGCAGAAACCUGAGGCAGACACUAAUAAAGAAGUCAUUGAUCAGCGAGCAAUAACACAGACAUCUGAGGAAACUAAAGGCUUUAUGCAAUGUGGUGCUUCCAGUUCUCGAUCAGAAAAUGACAUUUCAACUUGCACUAUGGACUCUGUACAUCUCAGUUUAGAUUCUCAUCAGCAUUUGCUAGAGGGAAAACGAAAGCUGCACGAGCACUUGCUCAGAAAUCAUGACUUGGUUCAGUCAGAAAUCCGAGCAGUUCAGUUGUCUUACCUGUAUCUUGGUGCUAUGAAGACUCUUAGUGCUCUGCUAAGCUGCAGUAAGUAUGCAGAACUGCUGCUGAUUCCAAAAGUGUUAACUGAGAAUGGCCACAAUUCCGACUGUGCUGGCUCACCAGUUAUUCAGGAUGAUGUGGAAAUGAGAUCUGCGCUCCAGUUUCUGAUGCGCCACAUGGUGAAACGGGCCGUCAUGCGCUCGCCAAUUAAAAGAGCUUUGGGGAUGUCGGAUCUGGAGCGUGCACAGGCCGUGAUUUAUAAACUGAUUGUGAACUCAUUGCUGGACGAUCACUGUGGUGGAAAAGCUAAACAAGAUGUCUCCCAACAACCUGAAGAAAUGGAUCCAACUGUGCAGGCACAAACACCUGUUACUACCAGCCCUUCUGCUUCCAGUACCACUUCAUUUAUGAGCAGUUCUCUUGAAGACACCACUACUGCUACCACCCCUGUCACUGACACAGAAACUGUGCCUGCCUCAGAAUCACCAAGUGUAAUGCCUCUCAGCCUUUUACGCCAAAUGUUCUCCAGUUACCCAACUACCACAUUAUUGCCCACUCGACGGGCACAAACUCCACCUGUGUCUUCCUUGCCAACCUCGCCUACGGAAGAGGUGGGUAGACGGCAAAGCCUCACUUCGCCUGACUCGCAGCCCACCCGACCAACGAACCGAACAGCUUCGUCUGAUCCUAGUAGCAGACUUUCAACUUCGCCACCACCGCCACCCAUUGCCGUUCCUCUUUUAGAAAUGGGUUUUUCACUCAGGCAAAUUACAAAAGCCAUGGAAGCCACAGGUGCUAGAGGAGAAGCAGAUGCCCAAAACAUCACUGUGUUGGCCAUGUGGAUGAUAGAGCACCCAGGUACAGAAGAGGAUGAUGAGCCACAGUCUACAGUGCCUUCGGAUUCAUGCUAUGGGGCAACUGCUUCAGGCAGUGGUGAUAAGUCCAGAGACCAAGGCUACCUGCAGUCACCUGAAAUCCCUGCUGUUGAUGCCACUGAAGUGGAAGAGGGCUUUAGUGAGGGCCCUGAUGGAUUGGAUCAAGAGGAGAAUGGAUCAUCCACCAGUGUACCUUCCAGAAGCCGUUCAACUGUCACUAGGAGGCAAAAGUUUGAGCUGGCAGCUCGGACACUGUUGGCACGUGCAGCAGGUCUGUACCGUUCAGUUCAGGCACAUCGAAACCAAAGUCGGCGAGAGGGCACAUCGGUGCCACAAGACCCAGGUGCCCUCUAUGACUUCAGCCUUGAUGAAGAGUUGGAGAUUGACCUGGAUGAUGAAGCAAUGGAAGCCAUGUUUGGUCAGGACUUUGCGAGUGAUAGUGAUAUAUUGGGAAUGUGGAUUCCAGAGGUAUUGGACUGGCCGACAUGGCAUGUUUGUGAGUCUGACGAAAGAGAUGAACUGGUCAUCUGUGAACUUUGCGAUGCAAAUGUUACUCAGUUUAAUCACCACAUGAAGAAAAACCAUCCAGGCUGUGGGCGGAGUGCCAAUAGGCAGGGCUACCGGAGCAAUGGGUCCUACGUUGACGGAUGGUUUGGUGGAGAGUGUGGGAGUGGAAAUCCAUAUUACCUCUUGUGUAGCAGCUGCAGAGACAAGUACUUAGCUACAAAGAGCAAGACAAAGGUCCCAGUUUCAGAAAGAUACAAAGGCCAGGCACCUGAUCUGAUAGGCAAGCAGGACAGCAUUUAUGAAGAGGACUGGGAUAUGUUGGACAUUGAUGAAGAUGAGAAGCUGACUGGAGAGGAAGAGUUUGAAUUAUUAGCUGGACCUCUUGGUCUAAAUGAAUGUAGGGUUGUACCUGAGCCAGUUCAAUUUCCCGACAGUGAUCCGCUGGGAGCAUCUGUUGCCAUGGUGACAGCAACCAACAGCAUGGAAGAAACUCUCAUACAAAUAGGUUGCCUUGGGUCAGUAGAUAAAUGUUCAUCGGGUAGAGUAACGCUUGGGGAGCAGGCAUCUGCCCUGCUCAACCCACAUGACCGGGUCAUGGCCUUGAGGAGAGUGACUGCAGCCGCACAGGUUCUUCUAGCAAGGACCAUGGUGAUGAGAGCUCUCUCACUGCUAUCGGUCAGUGGCUCUAGUUGCAGUCUGGCAGCAGGUCUGGAGUCCUUGGGAUUGACCGAUAUCAAGACCCUGGUUCGAUUGAUGUGUCUCGCUGCCGCAGGUAGAGCAGGUCUCACUCCGAGUCCAGGUACCACCAGCAUUUCAGAACGUCCUCGUGGAGCUCACAGCAAAGUCAACAAGCCAAUCUCCUGCCUGGCCUACUUGAGUACUGCAGUUGGCUGUUUGGCUUCCAACAGUCCAAGUGCUGCAAAGCUGCUUGUUCAGUUGUGCACUCAGAACUUGAUCUCAGCAGCAACGGGUAUGAAUCUCACAACUAUAGAUGAUCCCAUUCAAAGAAAGUUUCUACCCAGUUUCCUUAGAGGCAUUGCUGAGGAAAAUAAGCUUGUAACCUCUCCAAACUUUGUCGUAACUCAAGCAUUAGUGGCAUUACUUGCUGACAAGGGCGCAAAACUGAGACCAACCUACGACAAGGCAGAGAUGGAGAAAAGAGGUUUUAUUGCCCAUUUGUAUGCCCAUCCUUCCUAUGAUCCUUCUGCUGUAGGCCCUCUGGAACUGGCUAAUGCCUUAGCAGCUUGCUGCCUCUCCUCUAGGCUGUCUUCCCAGCACAGGCAGUGGGCUGCUCAGCAGCUUGUUCGGACUCUUGCAGCACACGAUCGUGAUAACCAAAGCAAGCCACAGACUUUUGCUGACAUGUCAGGGGACCUACGCAAAUGUCCAUUCAUCAAGCUGGAAGCACAUCAGAAUAGGGUAAUAACAUGUGAAUGGUGCAAUAAAAAAAGUCUCCUAGCAACAAGUGCCAAUGAUGGAACUGUUAGAGUGUGGAGUGUCACUAAAAAUCAUUAUACUUUACAGCAAACGUGUAUUUUCAACAAAUUAGAAAGUAGUUCGGAGGACCUGGGCUGUCUGGGAUCUCCUUGUGAUCCGAAUUUGUCUCUUAUUUGCUGGAGCGUUAGCGGAAAAUACAUUGCAGCAGCAUUAGAAAAGGCGGUCAACAUCUGGCAAGUCACUGGAGGCAAGGGACUUUUGGAUGUCCAGCCACACUGGGUGUCUGCUCUUGCCUGGCCUGAAGAAGGUCCAGUAGCAAGCUGGGCAGGUGACACUUUAGAAGUUCUACUUGUUGGGCGGAUGGAUGGAUCUCUGGGGCUCAUUGAGGUGGUGGACUCCUCUACCAUGCACCGACUUGAACUCGAGCAUUGCUAUAGGAAGGAUGUUGCUGUAAUGGCUAUCGCAUGGUAUAGUGAAGACAAGCCAUUUGUGGUGGGAUACGCAGAUGGGAAAAUGCUGAUUGGCACAAAAGAGCCUCUGGAGAAAGGAACAGUUGUUAUGAUCGAUGCACACAAGGAAAGUAUCACUUGUAUGAAGUGGGAUCCAUUAGGGCAAAUGCUUAUGAGCUGUGCCAAAGAAACUACCAUCAAAUUAUGGAAUUUUGUAGGUGGCAGCUGGCAUUGUUUACACAAGCUCUCUCAUCCGGCAUUGGUGAAUAACGUCACCUGGUGCAGUCAUCUGGGAAAGGGAUUCAAGCUGCGGCUCAUGUUGGCCAGUGGGUGUCAGAAUGGCUUGGUGUGUGUCUGGACUGUUCCCCAGGAUGUUUCCAAAAUAUCGCAGUCCACUUCCAGCAGCUCUGAUGAAUGGUGGGAACAAGGAACCAAGAACCAAAUAAAGAGUGGAUAUAAGAAAGCUGAUGAGGCAGUAUGCAUCUACCAACUGAAGGGGCACAUCACUCCAGUGAGAAGUGUUUGCUUCAACCCUGACGGGCUGGUCUUGGUGUCUGGAGGACUUGGUGGGCUGAUGAACAUUUGGUCACUAAGGGAUGGCAGUGUACUACAGAGUGUGGUGACAGGAUCUGGUGCUAUUCAGAACAUAGCCUGGAUCCCUGAUAUUGGUGUUGUGGCGUGUUCCACUAGAUCAAAGGAUGUGUUGGUGGUAAACUGCACCAAUGAAUGGAUAGCUGGUAACCACGUUUUAGCAACGUGUAGAACUGCACUGAAAAAACAAGGAGUUAUUGGACUAAACAUGGCACCGUGCAUGAGGACCUUUCUGGAAAGGUUACCAAUCAUGUUGCAGGAGCAAUAUGCAUAUGAAAAGCCUCAUGUUAUAUGUGGAGACCAGCUUGUCCAUAGUCCAUAUAUGCAAUGUUUAGCUUCGUUAGCUGUGGGCCUUCAACUGGAUCAACUCUUGUGUAAUCCACCAAUACCACCCCAUCAUACUGGUUGUCCACCUGACCCUUCCACCUGGAACUCCUCGGAAUGGUCUUGGUUGGAAUGUUUCUCCACCACUAUUAAGGCUGCAGAGGCAUUAGCAAGAGGAGCACCAUUACCAGAAUGCUUCACUGUUCCAGACCUGGAACCUGUACCAGAAGAGGAACUGGCACAUGUGAUGGACAAUAGUAAGUGGUUCACUGGAAUGGAUGAACAAAUUAUGUCCUGGGCAACAUCCAGACCAGAGGACUGGCACCUUGGUGGAAAGUGUGACGUCUACCUUUGGGGAGCAGGACGUCAUGGGCAGUUGGCAGAAGCUGGAAGAAAUGUUAUGAUACCAACUAUUGCACCUUCGUUUUCACAAGCUCAACAGGUUAUUUGUGGGCAGAAUUGCACUUUCGUCAUCCAGGCUAAUGGGACAGUGAUGGCAUGUGGGGAAGGCAGCUAUGGUCGACUUGGACAGGGAAAUUCAGAUGAUCUUCACGUGUUAACUGUUAUCUCAGCACUACAAGGUUUUGUGGUAACACAGUUGGUGACUUCCUGUGGAUCCGAUGGUCACUCUAUGGCUCUGACAGAAAGUGGGGAAGUCUUCAGUUGGGGCGAUGGGGAUUAUGGCAAACUGGGCCACGGAAACAGCGAUCGGCAGCGCAGACCACGACAGAUUGAGGCACUACAGGGAGAGGAAGUUGUCCAGAUGUCAUGUGGCUUUAAGCAUUCAGCGGUAGUUACGGCAGAUGGCAAGUUGUUCACCUUUGGAAAUGGUGACUAUGGUCGUUUGGGACUAGGUAACACAUCCAACAAAAAGCUGCCAGAGAGAGUAGCAGCACUGGAAGGUUAUCAGGUUGGACAGGUUGCGUGUGGCUUAAAUCACACAUUAGCUGUCUCUGCUGAUGGCAUGAUGAUUUGGGCCUUUGGUGAUGGAGAUUAUGGAAAGCUUGGUUUAGGCAACUCAACAGCCAAAUCGUCUCCUCAGAAAGUAGAUGUUUUGUGCGGAGUAGGAAUCAAGAAGGUUGCUUGUGGCACACAGUUUUCUGUUGCUUUGACAAAAGAUGGCCAUGUAUACACCUUUGGCCAAGACCGCCUGAUAGGCUUGCCCGAGGGUCGUGCCCGCAACCAUAACAGACCUCAGCUUGUACCUGCCCUGAAUGGAGUGUUUAUUGAGGACAUAGUUGUGGGUGCUGAGCACACGCUAGGUCUUUCAUCAUCUGGAGACGUUUAUGGAUGGGGCAGCAAUUCAGAAGGGCAGCUGGGUCUGGGACAUACCAAUCAUGUAAGGGAGCCAACUCUAGUCACAGCACUCCAGGGAAAGAGCAUUCGGCAGAUUUCAGCAGGCCGUUGCCACAGUGUUGCAUGGACGGCCCCUCCAGUACCACCAAGAGCACCAGGUGUAUCUGUGCCUCUGCAGUUAGGUCUGCCAGACUCUAUUCCACCGCAAUUCAGUUCACUGAAGGAAAUAAAUAUUGAAACCAUCAGAGCCAGGCUACGGUUGCUAUACCACUUCUCUGAUCUCAUGUACUCUUCAUGGAGGUUACUUAAUCUUAGUCCCAACAAUCAGAACAGUACAUCUCACUAUAAUGCUGGAACAUGGGGAAUAGUCCAAGGCCAACUAAGACCUUUACUUGCACCAAGGGUUUAUACUCUUCCAAUGGUGCGCUCCAUAGGAAAGACAAUGGUCCAAGGCAAAAACUAUGGCCCCCAGAUCACUGUGAAAAGGAUAUCUACCAGAGGCCGGAAGUGUAAGCCUAUCUUUGUACAAAUCGCGAGACAAGUGGUUAAGCUCAAUGCAUCAGAUCUGCGAUUACCUUCUCGUGCUUGGAAGGUGAAACUGGUGGGAGAGGGUGCUGAUGAUGCUGGUGGAGUAUUUGACGAUACCAUCACAGAGAUAUGUCAGGAGCUCGAAAUGGGGAUUGUAGACCUGCUCAUUCCUACUCCGAAUGUCACGGCUGAAGUAGGAUAUAAUAGAGACAGGUUCCUUCUUAACCCUUCCACUUGUUCAGAAGAGCACCUGCUGCAAUUCAAAUUUUUGGGAAUUCUUAUGGGUGUUGCCAUUCGCACAAAGAAACCACUGGAUCUCCACUUGGCACCAAUGGUAUGGAAGCAGCUUUGCUGUAUUCCACUUUCAUUAGAAGAUCUUGAAGAGGUGGACUUGCUUUAUGUACAAACACUGAACAGCAUUCUUCACAUUGAAGAUAGUGGAAUCACUGAGGAGAAUUUCCAUGAGAUGAUACCUCUUGAUUCAUUUGUGGGGCAAAGUGCUGAUGGCAAAAUGGUUCCCAUUAUCCCAGGUGGAAACAGCAUCCCGCUCACCUUUUCCAAUAGGAAGGAGUACGUGGACAGAGCAGUCGAGUAUCGAUUGCAUGAAAUCGAUCGUCAAGUGGCUGCCGUUCGAGAAGGGAUGUCUUGGAUCAUUCCAGUCCCACUGCUCUCUCUCCUCACUGCAAAACAAUUGGAACAGAUGGUUUGUGGGCUGCCAGAAAUCUCUGUAGAAGUCCUGAAGAAAGUUGUGCGCUAUCGGGAGGUGGAUGAGCAGCAUCAGUUAGCACAGUGGUUCUGGAAGACAUUAGAGGAAUUCUCCAAUGAAGAGAGAGUACUUUUCAUGCGCUUUGUGUCGGGCAGAUCCCGUUUGCCAGCGAACACGGCCGACAUCUCUCAGCGGUUUCAGAUUAUGAAGGUUGAUAGGCCUUAUGACAGUUUGCCUACCUCACAAACCUGCUUCUUCCAGCUGCGGCUCCCACCAUACUCCAGCCAGAUGGUCAUGGCUGAGCGACUGCGCUAUGCUAUCAACAACUGCAGGUCCAUUGACAUGGACAAUUACAUGUUGUCUCGCAAUGUAGACAACACAGAAGGCUCUGAUACAGAUUAUUGAUUCUCUGAACAAAAACUGCUGCACUGGGGGAAAUGACGAGUGAGCCUUCUGGUAUUGUACGUGUAAGUGACUACUGCAGUUAUAGUGAGAAGCCCAGAAUAUUUUAAUUGUACAAUGUACUUGAAGAAAAAUGAAUGUGAUUGACAAAUGUUAUUGUUUGAAUAUUAAUUUCGACUAUAAACAGGUUUAAGAAGAAAAUGCAUUUCUCCUGGCUUUUGUUUCUUUUUUUUUGUUCAAUUUUUGAUAAGUUUGCAUGGAGAUAAUUUGGUGCAUUUUUGAGAAUGGUAUAAAUGAUCCCUCGCAGCGUUAGAGGGCUACAGAAUUAAAGUUUAAAAAAUGUACAUUGUGUAUAAUUGUUCAUGAGGGAGAGCAAUUUUACAUAAAUAUUCUUAUAUUUAUUUUUGUUUUAAUUUGAAUUGCCUGUGCUGAGUUUCCUAUCAGAAAUACAUCCGAAGAAUAAAACAUUAAUUUAAAGCUA